AUGUCCCUUGCGUGGCGUAUUGGGCGUUGCAUCGCGCGUGCAAAUGCUACCAACACCAUUAGCACCGUGGCUGAACAGAUGAUUGACGAGGUUGGCGGUCCUGAAUCUGGUAAGAUUCUCUUCCGAGGAAAGAUAGUUGCCGUGGAAAGACGACUAUUCAAGGGCCAUUCAUAUGGCGAAAUCACAAUUCAACAAGUCCUUAAAAAAGAAGUCGAGUCAAGUGUAGCAGACGAGCUCUCAGGAGAUGCAAGGCGAUCAUUGACACCUGUGGCCACCGGGGGUGUCCUAAAGAUCCCUUUCAAGAACGAAAAUAUCUAUGCCAAACACAUUUCCGACGAAGGCGUCGAGAAAUAUGUGGCAACAGUGCCUGAUCUGAUCUGCGUCCUUGACACACAGUCUGGAAAGGCGCUUGGGGUCCCCGAAUUCAGAUAUGGUGUUAUGGUAACUGUGUUGGGAAUUGCAUGUUCCCCUCGAUGGUCAGAUACCGAAAGAGCACUGGAGAUUGGUGGGCCAGGGGCGUUUGGAUAUAAGGAUAUCAAAUAUGUUCCCUUGGGUAAAUACGUAGAGCCCAAAAGUGUUGUGACGGAAUAUGCAGAGCGACUAGAUAUAUAUUCGACUGAGAAGGAGGAACAGGCCAAGAUAACACCGAGGACUUAUGUUGAUCCUGAUGAUAUCAUCAAACACUUUCGAGAAGAUUUCGACAAAGAACAGGAGCGGGAAGCUUCUGCCAUCUUUACCUCAAAUGCGGUCUCGUCUGUAACGCCGUAUUCAACGAGAUAUUCUAGCAAAGAGGAGAUACCUAAAUUCAAGAUCCCUAAGCUGGGUGCUCGCGCAGAUGCGGUGCACCAUAUGCUGAGCAAUGAACUCGAUCUAGAUGGUAUCCCGAAUUUGAACAUGGCAAGGUACAUGCGACCCAGCGCUACCGUUGAUUCCCUCAAGAAAGUAACUGCUAAUAAUUGUUUGGCAUAUAGUUUCGUUGGUACUUACAUGGACCGAGAAGCAAAUCAACUUGUGGUUGAGAAUAUCAGUAAGAAUCUAGCGGAUGCAGAUGAAUACCCUGCGUUAAUGGCUAUACACGCAAGAUGUAUAUCCAUAAUAUCCAAUCUAUGGAAUCCACAACCAGGAGAAGAAGCCACCGGAUCUGCGACAACUGGGUCCUCUGAAGCCAUCAUGUUGGGUGGGCUGGCCAUGAAAAAGAAGUGGCAGCAGAAACGUAAGGAUGAAGGAAAGGACAUCUCUAAUCCAAAUAUCAUCAUGGGAUCAAACGCUCAGGUAGCUCUCCUGAAGUUCGCCAGGUACUUUGACGUUGAAGCUCGAGUUCUGGAUGUAUCCGAGAAGAGCCAAUUUCGUCUCAACCCAGAGUUGGUUAAGAAAAAUGUGGACGAGAAUACCAUUGGGAUAUUUGUGAUCCUUGGAAGCACCUAUACUGGUCACUAUGAACCUGUCGAAGAGAUAUCUAAUAUCCUGGAUGGCAUACAGUCCGAAACCGGUAUAGAUGUCCCUAUUCAUGUUGAUGCUGCCAGCGGUGGAUUUGUGGCACCAUUCACUGACGCAGGGGCUGGAGGGCCAAAGUGGUAUUCAAUCAAUGCAUCCGGACAUAAGUACGGUCUCGUGUAUGCAGGAUUGGGUUGGAUAAUCUGGCGAGACCGCUCCUAUCUGCCAAAAGAGCUCAUUUUCGAGCUUGAUUAUCUCGGGAGCAGAGAGGAGACUUAUACAUUGAACUUCUCCAGGCCUGGAGCACAGGUAAUUGGCCAGUACUAUAACUUCAUCCGCCUUGGGUUCAAUGGGUAUCGAGAAAUCAUGGAAAACUGUUUGGCAAAUGCAAGACUGCUGAGCAAAACUUUGGAACGGACUGGAUGGUUUGUCUGUUUGAGCGAUAUCCACCGGAAGAAAGGGGAAUUCUACCACCAGCAUCUGAACAAAAUUACGCCCUAUAAGGAGGACGAAACAUCUGCUGACUAUAACGCUGGUUUGCCAGUGGUAACAUUCCGAUUCUCAGAUGCAUUCAAAGAGAAUUAUCCCCAUGUGAAGCAAGAGAGCAUAAGCCUCCUGCUGAGGUCGAAGCAGUAUAUAAUUCCCAACUACCCUUUACCUCCCAAAGAGCAGGACACGGAGAUUCUGCGGGUGGUUGUCCGGGAGAGCAUGGCCGCAGACCUCAUUGACAAGCUUGUGGCAGAUAUUGCUGCAGUCACCGAGAGGCUGAUGAAAUCCGACCCUGUCGACCUGUCUGCACUCCAGACAGGCCCAACCAACCUUGAGCGGCGUCGAGUAAGAAACAGAGAGCAGCCUCACAAGGUCUCGAAGCGGCCAAGUGGAAAGAAAGAAAAGACUGCAGGCCAUCCGAUGAGAAGUGGAAUCCACCGCUCCGUUUGUUAG